AUGUUUUCCCCACCUGUUAAUAGUGGGAAAACUAGACCAACGACACUGGGAAGCAGUCAGUUCAGUGGAUCAGGUAUGGAUGAACGAGGAGGUGCGACAUCUUGGGGAACAAGUGGCCAACCAAGCCCCUCUUAUGACUCAUCUAGAGGUUUUACAGAUAGCCCUCAUUACAGUGAUCACUUGAAUGACAGUCGAUUAGGAGCCCACGAAGGCUUGUCCCCAACACCUUUCAUGAACUCAAAUCUGAUGGGAAAAACAUCAGAGAGAGGCUCAUUUUCCUUGUAUAGCCGAGACACCGGAUUACCAGGCUGUCAAUCUAGUCUCCUGAGACAAGAUCUAGGGCUUGGGAGCCCAGCACAGCUGUCUUCUUCAGGAAAGCCUGGUGCACCAUACUACUCAUACUCAGCCACGAGUUCCAGGAGAAGACCACUCCAUGACUCGGCGACGCUUGAUCCUUUGCAAGCGAAGAAAGUCAGAAAGGUGCCUCCUGGUUUGCCUUCUUCUGUUUAUGCACCAUCCCCAAAUUCAGAUGACUUCAACCGUGAAUCACCUAGUUAUCCAUCUCCCAAGCCACCAACCAGUAUGUUUGCUAGCACUUUCUUUAUGCAAGAUGGGACCCACAAUUCUUCUGACCUUUGGAGUUCAUCAAAUGGGAUGAGCCAGCCUGGUUUUGGUGGAAUUCUGGGGACCGCCACUUCCCACAUGUCUCAGUCCAGUAGUUAUGGCAGCCUUCAUUCACAUGACCGCUUGAGUUAUCCUCCACACUCAGUUUCACCAACAGACAUAAAUACGAGUCUUCCACCAAUGUCCAGCUUCCAUCGUGGCAGUACCAGCAGUUCUCCUUAUGUUGCUGCUUCUCACACUCCUCCCAUCAAUGGGUCAGAUAGCAUUCUAGGAACCAGAGGGAAUGCCGCUGGGAGUUCACAGACAGGGGAUGCACUUGGAAAGGCUUUGGCAUCUAUUUAUUCUCCUGACCAUACCAGCAGUAGUUUUCCAUCAAAUCCAUCAACACCAGUUGGAUCACCCUCACCUCUCACAGGUACCAGUCAGUGGCCCAGACCUGGAGGGCAAGCUCCUUCAUCCCCAAACUAUGAAAACUCACUCCACUCCCUGAAAAAUCGAGUUGAGCAGCAACUUCACGAGCAUUUGCAAGAUGCAAUGUCCUUCUUAAAGGAUGUCUGUGAGCAAUCUCGGAUGGAGGAUCGUUUAGACAGACUGGAUGAUGCUAUCCAUGUGCUUCGGAACCAUGCUGUGGGACCUUCCACCAGUUUGCCUGCUGGUCACAAUGAUAUACACAGUUUAUUGGGACCAUCCCAUAAUGCACCAAUUGGAAACCUCAACUCAAACUAUGGAGGAUCGAGCCUUGUUUCAAGCAGUCGAUCCGCUUCAAUGGUUGGAGCUCAUCGAGAAGAUUCCGUCAGUCUCAACGGCAAUCAUUCAGUCUUGUCCAGUACGGUUACUGCUUCAAGCACGGAUCUCAACCAUAAAUCACAAGAAAAUUACAGGGGUGGCUUGCAGAGUCAGUCUGGAACUGUCGUCCCAACAGAAAUCAAGACUGAAAGCAAAGAAAAGGAUGAAAACCUUCAUGAACCGCCUUCAUCAGAUGACAUGAAAUCAGAUGAUGAAUCCUCCCAAAAAGACAUCAAGGUUUCAUCUAGAGGCAGAACAAGCAGUACUAAUGAAGAUGAAGAUUUGAACCCAGAGCAGAAGAUAGAAAGGGAGAAGGAAAGGCGGAUGGCUAACAAUGCCAGGGAGCGCUUGCGCGUGCGGGAUAUUAACGAGGCGUUCAAAGAGCUCGGAAGGAUGUGUCAGCUUCAUUUAAAGAGUGAAAAGCCCCAAACAAAACUCCUUAUUCUUCAUCAGGCUGUGGCAGUUAUCCUUAGUCUCGAACAGCAAGUCAGAGAGAGGAACCUUAACCCCAAAGCAGCCUGCCUUAAGCGAAGGGAAGAAGAAAAAGUUUCUGCCGUAUCGGCAGAGCCGCCAACUACACUGCCAGGAACCCAUCCUGGGCUUAGUGAAACUACCAACCCUAUGGGUCAUAUGUAAACAUCAGCCAGAGUUAUCAGUAGGCUAGAUAGAAGGUGACCGCUCCUCAUAAGGACUGUGGACAACUCAAGAGUAUCUGAAGACACAAACCUGACAAAGAGGAAGAAGAAAACACAAAACACUUGAAGCAAGAAACUCCUAUGUUAAUCCUAUGAUCAAAGCAACUGGUCAACACUUCCAGCCGAAGUGAAGAUAGAAGCUCAUCAGCUAGAACGCCGGCCCUUGAGGUGUUUGGAACAUGCCAUUUUGUUGCAAGUAGUGUGUCGCUUCUGCACAAUCAGAGACUGUCUCGACCUCUCCACUCACCGUGGAUGUUGCCUUGUGCCUAAACUGAAUUGACAAAUGCAUUGUAACUACAAAUUUUAUUUAUUGUUAUGGAACUGUAAGGUCUGCAUGUGGAAAGCUGACUUCCCCUCAGCUGAUGCCAGCGUUCUCUAAAGCUGUUCCUGUUCCG